CUGCUAUAUAUCGUUAAUUAGGUGUUUUCAUACGAUAGAGAAAGAUAAUUAAAAAGAAAAAAAAAAUCCUUGCAUCCAUUGACAAUGUCUUCAGUCUCCAAACCCCAUCACGAGGCGUGCGAUACCAUGUCCCUGAAUCUGGAUCAGCUCUGGAAAGAGCAAGGAGAUGGUAAGAUUAGAGUCUGCACGUUAACACCCAAGUAUCUUAACAUUGUAUGGGGCAACGACGAUCGCUAUUGGAAGAUACCAAAAGAUGAUAAAGGGAAGGAGCUUGAAGGUCUAGCGGAGCUGGUGCAGGUGUCAUGGUUGGAGGUAACAGGUGUGGUUCCGUUACCCGAGGUGACGGUGGGAAAGAAAUACAAAGUGAGGUUUCAAGUGUCUCUAAUGGCAAAACACGCAACCAGCUGGGGAAGUUGUCCGGUUUUUCUGAUGGCAAAGGUGGGGAAAAAAGGAAAGUAUAGCUGGAAAAGAAUCAAGUCUUUAAAUUUAAGAUCAAGUGGAGAUGAUGAAGUUCCUUUCCUAAUUCCUGACAAGGAUGAUGGAGAACUUAUAGUUACAGUAACUUCAGGAUCAGCUGAUAAUAACCUUCUGUAUUUUGGGUUGUACGAAGUGUGGAGUGGAAAGUUGAAGAAAGGUCUCAAAAUUCAUCAUGUUUGCAUAUCAGAAUGUUAAUUAGACUAUAAAUAGUAAUUUAAACUUUUUGGGUAAUUAAUUCAAUCAAUUAUUACCCGAACUAGAUAUAUAUAUAUAUCUAUCAUGUAUUGAUUAUUUUUAUAAUUUCAUAACGCUCUACUUGGUUAUAUAAUAUAAUUAAU